AUGCCAUGUACAUAUCUUCUCCGUCUUCUUCUUCCUCUCCUCUUCCUUGUUCCACUAUCUUCCUCUGAAACUGUUGAAAACAAACUCAUCAUCAAAGGAAACCAAACGAUUCUCAGCUCCAAAAGUGUUUUCGGGCUUGGUUUCUUCAGCCCCACCAAUGGCGAAUCAUCUUCUUCCUCCGACUGGUAUUUGGGAAUCUGGUAUGCUUCUAUCCCCACCCCAACCUACGUCUGGGUCGCCAAUCGCAACCGACCCGUUUCCGAUCCACACUCCUCCACAUUCGAGCUCACCUCCACCGGAAACUUAAUCGUCAGAGACUCUCUUGCCGGCGUCGUUUGGCAGACCGACAACAUAGACCCCGGAACCGAUUUCCGGUUCUCGGAUACCGGGAAUCUGAUUUUGAUCGGAGACGACGGUUCUCCGGUUUGGCAGAGCUUCGAUAAUCCGUCUGACACGUGGCUUCCGGGGAUGAAUGUCACCGGUCAAACGGCUAUGACUUCCUGGCGGACUCUAUUCGACCCUUCGCCUGGGCCUUACUCGCUCAGGCUGAGUCCAACCUUCAACGAGUUCCAGCUUGUUUACAACGGCAUCACACCCUACUGGUCCACCGGAAACUGGACCGGAGAUGCCUUCGUCGGCGUUCCUGAGAUGACCGUUCCCUACAUCUACAGAUUCCACUUCGUCAACCCGUACACUCCCACGGCGUCGUUUUGGUACAUCGUCACACCGUCGGAGGCGGUGCCGGAGCCGCGGCUGACGCGGUUCGUGGUUGACUACAACGGCCAGCUUAAGCAGUACACGUGGGACCCGCAGACGCUGCACUGGAACAUGUUCUGGCUACAGCCGGAGGAUCCCUGCCGCGUUUACAAUCUCUGCGGCCAAUUAGGUUUCUGCAGCAGUGAGCCACUAAAGCCGCCAUGCGCCUGCAUCCGCGGUUUCCGGCCUAAGAACGCCGCCUCGUGGAGCUCUGCGGAUUACAGCGACGGCUGCCACCGCGAAUCUGGCGACUCCUGCGACACGAGAGAUACGUUUGAGGCGGUGGGAGAUCUGCGUUACGACGGCGAUGUGGAGACGUCGCGGUUUCAGGUAAGCAAGAGCAUUUGCACGAAAAGCUGCUUGGGAAACUGUUCUUGUGUUGCCUUUUAUCACAACGAGAAAUCGAAUCUCUGCAAAAUUCUACUGGAAUCGCCGAUUAAUCUCAAGAAUUCGAGCGCCUUGACCGGAAUCACCAGCGAUGUUCUGUAUAUCAGAGAUCCGAGGAAACGGAAUUCCAAGGGAAACAUUUCUAAAUACAUAAUUAUACUGUGCAGCGUUGUUGGGUCGAUCUCAAUUCUGGGGUUGAUUUUGUUUGUGCCAUUGAUUCUGUGGAAGAGGAGUCGAAAGAAGAAGAAAGCAAGGAAAGAAGACGAAGAUGGGUUUGCUGUGUUGAAUCUAAAAGUUUUCUCUUUCAAGGAGCUUCAAGCAGCUACCAAUGGAUUCUCGGAGAAGCUCGGCCACGGCGGUUUCGGAGCUGUUUUCAAAGGAACGUUACCUGAUUCUUCUUCCACCUACGUGGCUGUGAAACGCCUAGAGAGACCCGGAAGCGGCGAGGGAGAGUUCCGGGCAGAGGUUUGCACCAUUGGGAACAUCCAACACGUCAAUCUCGUUAGGCUUAGAGGCUUCUGCUCAGAGAAUCUCCAUAGACUUCUCGUCUACGACUACAUGCCAAACGGAUCAUUGAGCUCAUAUAUGUCGAGAACAAGCCCCAAGUUGCUAAGCUGGGAAUCGCGUUUCAGGAUCGCGUUAGGGACUGCGAAAGGGAUCGCGUAUUUGCACGAAGGGUGCAGGGACUGUAUCAUUCACUGUGAUAUCAAACCGGAGAACAUUCUCUUGGACAGCGAGUACAACGCCAAAGUAUCUGAUUUCGGACUGGCUAAGCUCGUUGGCCGUGACUUCAGCCGGGUUCUCGCCACUAUGAGAGGGACAUGGGGCUACGUUGCUCCCGAGUGGAUAUCGGGUUUGCCCAUCACGACCAAAGCUGAUGUGUACAGCUUCGGAAUGACAUUGCUCGAGCUUAUCGGUGGUCGGAGAAAUGUCAUUGUCGAUGAUAGCAAUACACAGGGAGAGAAAGAGGAGAAGGCUAAAGAGACGGAACCUGAAAAAUGGUUCUUUCCGCCAUGGGCAGCGCGUGAAAUCAUACAAGGAAAUGUGGACUCGGUGGUGGACCCUAGGCUCAACGGAGGAUACAACAUUGAAGAGGCAACGAGGAUGGCAACGGUGGCGAUAUGGUGCAUACAAGACAAUGAAGAGAUAAGGCCGGCGAUGGGAACAGUUGUGAAGAUGCUUGAAGGAGUUGUGGAAGUGACGGUUCCUCCACCACCUAAGUUGAUACAAGCUCUCGUCUCGGGGGAUUCAUAUCAAGGAGUGGAUAAUGGUUUGAGCGGCACAAGCUGUAGUGAAGGCCGUGGUUGUUCGGAUCUCAUUACUGGAUUGUCUAGCCCUGCCUCACGGUCGUCUUUUGGUAGACCUAAUUCUCCUUGA